GCAUGUUAGCAGCUUGAUGCAGCGUGCUGAUCCCUGUCUAGCAGCACAAUGAAUGAAUGAAUGUGGGAUCACCUGCUACUCGAAGCAAACUAAAAUCAUUGAAGUACAGCUUGCGAGUUUUGCAGAAAUACUUUCAAUACCACAUGUUGCUGCCUCCAACAUACUUGUAACCCUGUGUACUUGAAGAAGCUCCAACAAUUCCACUCCAGAGAUGCACUCAUUCAGCACACAGCUGGGCGUUUUAUGGGUUUCUUUUGAAUUGCUCAAUUUAUUUUGAGGACGCUGCAAGACUACAAUUGCCAGAAAUUCCCACCAGACCUUAAUUUAAAGGUUGUUUGGAUAUCAGUCUGACCACAGGACCCCCCCAGGCGCACACAGGAACGAAACAGUCCAGCUGCGUUUCUGGGACACAAUGCCAGGGCUAAUCAACAAGAACAAAAGGAGUGCAUUGCCACUCAGUGCGUCUGAGAUCACUUCCUGUGUCAGAGGGUACACCUUGGCGACAACAGCCUCAAUGACAUACAACAACACUGAGGACAGCCCCAUAGAAGGUCUCUUUGUGUACCCGUUGGACGAGUUCUCCACUGUUGUUGGUUUCGAAGCAAUGAUAUCCAGAAGGAUCCUAACAGUGCAAAUAAAAGACAAAGCAAAGAUGGACGACUGUUACUUCGACUGCUGUACGAUGUCCAAUGGAACCUGUCAGAGUGGACACAUUGUUUUAGAUGAAGACCUUGAACGGACAGUAUUGGUGGUAAACUUGGGGAUGAUUCCUCCAUUAGAAACAGUUACUGUGCUGGUAAGCACUUCCUCGGAGCUCACAACGCUGCCCAAUGGCGCAAUCAAGGUGGUCUUCCCUGCAGUCUGCACCCCCCAGGUCCAGCAAUGUGGGAAUGAAGAACCAAGUUCCGCAGAAAACCCAUUUCGAAACAAGGACAGACACCACUGUGCGCUCGGCCCUCCCGAUCAGACUGCGAGCAGCAGCCAGCUGUGUCUCUCAUGGCUCCUGGAUGAUGAACCCAUCAACUCUAUAGACUAUGAUUUUACCUUUCGCCUGGAGAUCAAAGGGCCAUGCGUUUUAGCAGGUGUGGCAAGUCCGAGCCAUGCAAUCCGAGCAGACGCUGACCCCUCCGCCCAUUCCGCCAGCAGUGUGGUCAUCACACUGGCUGACAAAUACACCUAUGACAAGCCAGUGGAGAUUCUCAUUUACCCCAGUGAGCCCCACAUGCCUCACAUCCUUAUGGAAGAGGGGGACCUGACACCAGAGGAGUAUGAGGAGCACCUCAAAGGACGCAGUGACUUUAUUAAAGGAACAAAAACAGAUUCAAGCUGUGAGAAGAAGACAGAAAUCAUCAGGAAACGUCUACACAAGGACAUCAUCCACAACCCAGUCGUCAUGUUAAACUUCUGUCCUGAUUUAAAGGAUCUUCCUCCAGAUCUCAAGAAGGUGCCGGGAGAGUUUAUCUUUCUCAUUGACAGAAGUGGAAGCAUGAGUGGAGUGAACAUCAGCCGUGUUAAGGAUGCCAUGAUCGUGAUUCUGAAGAGCCUCACUCCAGCCUGCCUGUUCAAUGUAAUAGGAUUUGGCUCAACUUUCAAAACCCUCUUCCCAGCCAGUCAGAACUACAAUGAAGAGACCCUGGCUGUUGCCUGUGAGUAUAUCAAGAAGAUCAGAGCGGAUAUGGGAGGAACCAACAUCCUCUCUCCUCUCAACUGGAUUCUGCGUCAGCCUGUGUACAGGGGACACCCUCGCCUGCUGUUCCUGCUAACCGAUGGGGCUGUAAGCAACACAGGGAAGGUUAUAGAACUCGUCCGCAACCACGCACGCUGCACCAGGUUAAGGUGUUUUCACCUGAGUCCAGCAGCUGCUCUUCACUUCUAG